AAAAUACAUACAUACCUGCAAGAACCUCGCAGCUAGCUGAUAUCGUGUUUAAUUACACUGUGCAGAUACUUGGACCAGUUGUGCGGAGUCAUUCUGCAGUCAGUCGGUCGGUUGUGUUAGUCGAUCCAUAGAUUCGGGAUUAUACGCGGACAACAUUGUGCCACAGUGUCGGAAUAGUGACGUUAAUUAGGCUCUCGGGUAAAUUAAUCACGCUCUUUUUCAACCCGAGAAUGUCGAUCGAUGAAGUAUAAUUAAAACACUAUUAUUCCCUCACCCUCUAUUAUUCAUAUUGUGUCAACCCUGCGACCGCUGAAGCAAACCACCAUGGAUAUUUAUUGGAAACUCUAAUUCUGAGGCAUGACGGUUGCGAUUCUUUCUCGUCUCGCUGCUAUGGAGGUACGGCAGAACCACGAUUUAGGUGUUGAGUGACGUUAAGUGACUUUAUUAGUGAAGUGUAAGGUUUUCUGGUAUCGGCUUCAGCGAGAUACUGCAGCCUAAACGCAUCUCAUCGUAGCAAACUAUUCGAUGUCUUACCCUCCUCGAAUGCGAAGACGAACUUCGAAAAUGUUCGCAAGUGUCAACGAAAUGGAUACUUCAAGAAAGGAGACCGCCAGGAAAUCCGUUUGUCUGCUUUGGCUGGUGUUCCUUGUCGUCAGCUCGUCCGCCGAAGGCACCUUGGAAAAGCUGCACGAAGAACACGUGCGAGAGUUCAGCUGCGGGAUGUUGUACUACAGAACACUGUACCUGGAUAGUAAAAAGGACGCUCUUUACGUCGGUGCUAUGGACAAAGUCUUCAGAUUAAACCUGAGCAACAUUAGUCACUCAAACUGCGAGAGAGACGCUCUAAAUCUGGAACCAAGCAACGUGGCCAAUUGUGUGUCGAAAGGAAAGUCAGAGCACUUCGACUGCCGCAAUCACAUUCGAGUAAUACAGCCGAUGGGUGAAGGGAAUCGCCUAUACAUGUGCGGAACGAACGCUCACUCGCCCAAAGACUGGGUGAUAUACAGCAAUCUGACGCAUCUACCGCGGCACGAGUUUGUGCCAGGUGUUGGUAUGGGGAUAGCAAAAUGCCCGUAUGAUCCUGCGGACAACUCGACAGCCGUUUGGGUGGAGAAGGGAAAUCCUGGCGAACUCCCAGCUCUCUACUCCGGAACGAACGCCGAGUUUACAAAAGCCGACACGGUCAUUUUCCGGACUGACUUGUACAAUCUGACCACCGGACGAAAGGAGUUCAGCUUCAGACGGACCCUCAAAUACGACUCGAAAUGGCUCGACAAACCAAAUUUCGUCGGAUCAUUCGACAUAGGAAGCCACGUAUUAUUCUUCUUCCGGGAGACUGCAGUCGAAUACAUAAACUGUGGUAAAAGCGUUUACUCGAGGGUAGCACGUGUGUGCAAGCGUGACACCGGUGGGAAGAACAUUCUCGCCCAGAACUGGGCAACGUAUCUGAAGGCGAGAUUGAACUGUUCAAUCCCUGGGGAAUUUCCAUUCUACUUCAAUGAGAUUCAGAGUAUCUACAAAGUACCAGGUGAUGACACGCACUUUUACGGCACGUUUACGACGUCGACAAACGGUCUGAUGGGCUCGGCCAUCUGUUCCUUCCACAUCGACGCAAUCCAGGAGGCGUUCCGUGGCAAGUUCAAGGAACAGGCAACCAGCAGCAGCGCUUGGCUACCCGUCUUGUCGAAUAAAGUACCCGAGCCCAGGCCAGGCCAGUGUGUGAACGACACAGAGACACUCCCUGACACCGUCCUCAACUUCAUCAGGUCACAUCCGUUGAUGGACUCGGCGAUUUCCCACGAGAACGAGAAGCCCGUAUUCUACAAACGUGACGUAAUGCUCACUCGACUGGUCGUCGACAAGCUGAGGAUCGACUUCGUCGGCAUGGACCUCGACUACACGGUGUACUACGCCGGAUCCAGCGACGGAAGAGUCCACAAAGUCGUUCAAUGGCUCGAUGGAAACGGAGAGUCCCAGUCCAUCCUCUUGGACGUUUUUGACGUCACUCCUGGCGAACCGAUCCAGGCGAUGGAGAUCUCGAAGGAACACAAGGCGCUCUACGUCGCCUCGGACCAUCGGAUCAAGCAGAUCGAUUUGGUCAUGUGUUCGAGACGCUACGACAACUGUCUUCGCUGUGUCCACGAUCCAUACUGCGGAUGGGACAAGGACACGAACACCUGCAAGCCCUACGAACCAGGGCUUCUUCAGGAUGUUUCAAACAGCACCGCUGACGUCUGCGACAGCAGCGUUGGCAAACGGAAGCUCGUCGUUACCUGGGGACAGUCGGUGCAUCUUGGUUGCUUCGUAAAGAUGCCCGAAGUCCUCGCGAAUCAGGAAGUCAGGUGGUACCAUUACAGCAAAGAGAAGGGACGCUACCAAAUCGUCUACAAGUACGGUGCUGGGGGUGACAAGUUCAUCGAGACCUCGGAGAAGGGACUUGUCAUCGUUGGUGUGAACGAGCAGGACGCUGGUCGGUAUGACUGCUGGCUUGGUGGUGCACUGCUUUGUUCCUACAACAUCACCGUCGACGCUCACAGGUGUUCUGCACCAGCAAAGUCGAACGAUUAUCAGAAGAUAUAUUCUGACUGGUGCCACGAGUUCGAGAAGUACAAAUCCGCCAUGAAAAGCUGGGAGAGAAAGCAAGCGCAAUGCGCUUCACGGCAGAACGACAGUAACCAAAACGUUCACACUAACGAGGUCUACGGUUCGUCCCUGGUGUGAUGAAUCGACGGUUCAAGCGCCUUGACUAACUUAACGUUAAAUGAAAUACCGGAGGUUAUUGUCGAGCAGGCAACCGUUGACGUACCGUU